AUGAUUUCAUAUAAAGAUAUAGUUAAUUCAUACUUAGAAGAUAUCAAAAAUAUCUUGGUUCAUCAAGAUUCAGUAAUAAACAUCGGUAACGUAGCCAGAAUAUAUAAAGAAUUAAAAUAAAAAGUUUUGAAAUAACUGAUUUCUUUUAGUUUAUAGAGAAAUAUCUCUUUGAUUAAGUAAAAAAAAAAUAAAUUUAUCUGUAGUAUGUUCAAUUCUGAAUUGAUACAACCUUAAAGAAAAGCUUGGAGUGUUGAAGAAGAUCAAUUGCUUUAAGAUUUGAGAUAAAGCAAAUGUUUCGAUUGGAUUGAAGUGGCCAGAAGAAUUGGCGGAAGAAAUCCUUCAUAAUGUGCUUAGAGAUGGAAAAGAAUUAAAGGAUUCAAAUUAAGAAGAUAAUGGACUUAAGAGGAGGAUGAUAAACUAAAGAAUUUAGUGAAAGAAUAUGGUUACCAUUGGAGCAAGAUUAGCAGAUUAUUACCUAAUCGUUCUGGUAAAUAAAUACGUGAACACUAUCUCAAUUAAUUACAUCCUGGAUUGAACAAUGAACCUUGGAACAAAGAAGAAGAUGAGAAGAUAAUUGAAAUCUAUAAUAGUGUUGGAGGUAAAUGGAGUGUCAUAUAAAAACACCUUCAAGGUAGAUCAGAAAACAGUAUUAAAAACAGGUUCUAUUCAUACCUUCGAAAUAAAUAUCUCAACAUAAAGAAUCCCUAUUACAUUAUUCCAAAAAAAGAAUAAUUGAAUUAAACAAAAAUUGAAGAAAAACUCAACACAAUCGUUUCAGUUUAAUCAUAAGAAUAUUCACCAUCAAUAACCUUAAGUCCAACCUAAUAAUAUUUAAUGCCAAUCAAUUUGUGCAGCAUCCAACCAAUUAGUUCAGUGAAUUGUUUCCCACAGUUUUAAUUACUAUAUCCCUAUUUUUAGAUUCCUCAACCUCAAUAUUUCUUUUAAUGUAUAUCGAAUACUAUACAAUAAUGAUUAAAGAUUUAAUAUUAUUUAUGUUCAUCGAGUGUUACCAU